AUGUCCAAACGAAUAAAACAACUGUUUCACAUCAAAACCGAUAGUGACACGACCGCAAACAGUGCUAGCCAAUCGUCAUCAUCGCGAUUGAUGAUCCCGAAAACAUUAACGGAGACCGUCAAACUGACGUCAGAGUCGAUAUCAGAAUCGACGUCAAACGUAGUCUCUAUUCAAAAGAUGAUGCAGAUGACGGAUGCCAUGGAAGCGCUCUGUAAGGAAAAAGCGGACAUGCACAUCAAAUGGUUAGCAAAAUUGCAGAAAGUGCAAAGUUUGGAGGAACUAAUGGAAAAGGCGAAUGCCAAAGGUGCAAGGCUGGUAGCCGAAAACUGUAUGCUGGAAGCCGAAAUCAAUAAGCUAAUGCCGUUAGUGAACGCAAACGAUAAGUUGUCUGCCCAUUUGAAGCAAGUGAAAUCUGAAAAAAAUAAAAUGAAACUCGCACUGUCGACGGUUCUUAUAACGCUACAGCAGUAUACUGCGCCAACCGCGGAAGACCAGUAG